AUGGCUUCUGUCGCUUUCUUCGUGCGGUUUGUGGCUAUCUUCUUGCUGGUUGUAUCCAUUGUCUAUUGUGAUUGGGUCGCGUGGGUUGGGCAUGGCAAGCAUAAGAUCGAAAAUGGGAAUCUUGUGAAGCUGUUUGGAAACACAAAGAUGGCCGAGAAACCUGAGGAUCUUGGAUAUUACAAAAUGAUGCCGGGUUCUUGUGAUGUUGAGAUGGAUAAGGACGGAAAUAUAACAAUUUGGUACCUUAAAAAUUCCAUCACAGCAAAGGAAGGAUGCUCGAUUGAUUUUGUCAUGGCAGAUUUAAGAGGCAGUGACAUGUUCUUCAUUGAGUUUGGCAUCCAACACGAUAAGGGACUGACCGAUUGCUUGGCGGAUAUGUCUUCUACUAAAUGGUUAUCCCUCAAUCAAUCGGCUAUGACUUCUAAUUCGUUGGCCAUCGCUUUCGGUCUGAAGAAUGGUGAAUUUGAAGGAAUCAAAAGAGGAUAUCCGGAAAGACACAAAAAUUAUUGUGGGGACCUGUCCGAAUGUCAUAAAAAAGGAGGCAGAUGCUUGGAUGUUGCUGAUUAUACUAUUGGAUGGUCUCGAGAUGGAGAUAAGGUCAAAAGUACUCAUCAUCCAAGUGAGGAAUUUUAA